UCUCUCUCUCUGUCUGCCUGCCUGCCCGUCUGAUACAUAUUGGCAAGUGGUAUUUGGUUUCUAUUCACGUAACUCCAACUCAACCUCCCUCAAAUAUCAAUCACCGUGUCAUCGAUUCCUCCUCCUCCUCCUCCUUAUUAAUCCGCAAGACAAAACAAACAGACUCUUCUUCAGCAUGGAAGCAUCUGUAGCGACGGAAUCUCUCUCGAAGCUUAAUAUCAAUGGCGAUUUUGCUUCCUCUCUUCCCAAUCUCCACAAAAACCUUCACCUCCUCUCCCCUCAACAGGUUGAGUUGGCGAAGAUGUUAGUGGAGAAAGGACAGUCUCAUUUGUUUGAGCAUUGGCCAGAGCCCGGUGUUGAUGAUGACGAGAAGAAAGCGUUUUUUGAUCAGGUGGCUCGGCUCAAUUCUAGCUAUCCUGGAGGCUUGGCAUCAUAUAUUAAGACUGCUAGAGAACUUUUAGCAGAUUCUAGAGCAGGAAAGAACCCUUUUGAUGGCUUUACACCUUCAGUUCCUACCGGUGAAAAUCUGAGUUAUGGCGAUGAAAACUUUAUCAAAUUUGAAGAGGCAGGUGUAAAAGAAGCCCAGAAUGCUGCAUUUGUUCUUGUUGCUGGCGGGCUUGGUGAGCGUCUUGGAUAUAAUGGAAUAAAGGUGGCUCUUCCAUUUGAGACCAUAACAGGAACAUGCUUCUUACAGUGCUAUAUUGAAUCUGUUCUGGCUCUUCAGGAAGCUAGCUAUAGAAUGACACAGGGUGGACAGAAAAAAGAGGUUCCUUUUGUUAUCAUGACAUCAGAUGAUACACAUGCACGCAUAGUGGAGCUUUUAGAAUCAAAUUCGUAUUUUGGAAUGAAACCUACUCAAGUAAAACUUCUCAAGCAGGAAAAAGUUGCAUGCUUAGAGGAUAAUGAUGCCAGACUUGCUUUGGAUCCGCAAAACAAAUUUCGAGUUCAGACAAAACCCCAUGGGCAUGGUGAUGUUCACUCACUUCUCUACUCAAGUGGCCUUCUUUAUGAAUGGCAUGAUGCUGGUUUGAGAUGGGUUCUAUUUUUCCAAGAUACAAAUGGACUUCUAUUCAAGGCAAUUCCAGCUUCAAUUGGUGUCAGUGCCACUAAGGGAUACCAUGUUAACUCUCUUGCUGUCCCUCGCAAAGCUAAAGAAGCUAUAGGAGGCAUCACCAAGCUUACUCAUAUUGAUGGAAGGUCCAUGGUGAUUAAUGUGGAAUACAAUCAACUUGAUCCUCUGCUUAGAGCAACUGGGUUUCCUGAUGGAGAUGUCAAUUGCGAGACAGGCUAUUCUCCUUUCCCAGGAAAUAUAAACCAAUUGAUUCUGGAACUUGAUCCUUAUAUUGAGGAGCUCAAAAAAACAGGAGGUGCAAUAAAGGAGUUUGUUAACCCAAAAUACAAAGAUACCAGCAAAACUUCAUUUAAAUCUUCAACUAGACUGGAAUGCAUGAUGCAAGAUUAUCCAAAAACACUGCCUCCAUCAGCAAGAGUUGGAUUUACGGUGAUGGAUACAUGGCUUGCUUAUGCACCUGUGAAGAACAACCCCGAGGAUGCUGCCAAGGUACCAAAGGGGAAUCCGUAUCACAGUGCAACUUCUGGAGAAAUGGCCAUUUAUCGUGCAAACAGCCUCAUACUUAGAAAGGUUGGUGUCCAAGUGGAUAAUCCAGUUAAGGAGGUCUUCAAUGGACAAGAGGUGGAAGUAUGGCCUCGCAUUGUAUGGAAGCCAACAUGGGGAUUGACAUUUGCAGAUAUCAGAAGUAAAGUUAGCGGAAGUUGCUCCAUCACUCAAAGAUCUACCAUGGCUAUUAAGGGUCGGAAUAUCUUUGUCAAAGAUCUCUCCUUGGAUGGGGCACUUGUGAUUGACUCUAUUGAUGAAGCAGAGGUUAAAGCUGGAGGUUCGGUGCAGAACAAGGGCUGGCUCCUGGAAAAAGUUGACUACAAAGAUACUUCAGUACCUGAGGCAAUUCGAAUCAGGGGCUUCAGAUUCAGAAAGAUUGAGCAGCUGGAAAAGCAAUUCAGUGAGCCUGGAAAGUUCGAAUUGAAGGCUUGAAGAAGGCGAACUUGAUACAGGGACCAAUUUCUUUCAAGUUAUUUCUCUGAUACUCAAAAACCAUCACUUAACCCAUGAAUAAGUUUGGGCCGGAAAUAGUUUUGAAUGGAUAUGACGAGGUGAUGUGAUGUGAACUGCCAAGAUUUUGUUGAUUUCGUGUUCUUUUUGUUUAAAUAAAAAAAUUUGUUGUCUCUCUUAUUCUUUUUCUAAUUCUGGGGAAAGGAAUAAUAGAUUAUGCUGAA